AUGUCUAUUACUCGUGUACACGCUCGCCAAAUCUUUGAUUCACGCGGUAAUCCUACCGUUGAAGUGGAAGUUUCUACCGCUAAAGGUGUCUACCGCGCUGGUGUUCCUUCUGGAGCUUCCACCGGCGUUCAUGAGGCUCUUGAGCUUCGUGACAAGAUCAAGACUGAAUACAUGGGAAAGGGUGUCCUUCAAGCCGUCAAGAACGUCAUUGAGAUUAUUGGCCCUGCCCUUGUUGAAUCAGGUCUGAAUGUCGCUGACCAAAAGGCCAUUGACAAAUUCCUCUUGGAACUCGACGGUACCGACAACAAGAGCAAGCUCGGUGCAAAUGCUCUUUUGGGUGUUUCCUUGGCUGUUGCUAAAGCUGGUGCUGGUGAAAAGAACGUUCCUCUCUAUGUCCACUUUGCUGAUUUGGCUGGUUCCAAGCAACCCUUUGUCUUACCUGUCCCCUCUUUCAAUGUCAUUAACGGCGGCGAACAUGCUGGUAACAAAUUAGCUAUGCAAGAAUUUAUGAUUAUGCCCACUGGUGCCGAAUCCUUUACUGAAGCCAUGAAGAUUGGCUCUGAAGUCUACCAUCACUUGAAAAAUGUCAUCAAGGAAAAGUAUGGUCAAGAUGCCACCAACGUAGGUGAUGAAGGUGGAUUCGCCCCCAAUAUUCAGGACAGCCGUGAAGGUCUUGAUUUGCUCGUCUCAGCCAUUGAGAAGGCUGGUUAUACUGGUAAAGUCAAGAUUGCUAUGGACUGUGCUGCUAGUGAAUUCUAUAUCGAUGGAAAGUAUGAUUUGGAUUUCAAGAAUCCUAAUGCCAACCCUGACGACCGUCUCACUGGUCAACAACUCUCUGAACUCUACAAGUCCUUUGCUGAAAAGUAUCCCAUUGUCUCUAUUGAAGAUGCCUUUGACCAAGAUGAUUGGGAGAACUGGGCUCAUCUCUUGGAGAACUCUGAUUUCCAAUUAGUGGGUGACGACUUGACCGUUACUAACCCCAAGCGUAUCGCUAUUGCCAUUGAAAAGAAGGCUUGUAACGCCUUGUUGCUCAAGGUGAACCAAAUCGGUACUGUCACUGAAUCUAUCCAAGCUGCUCUUGACUCUCAAGCUGCUGGUUGGGGUGUCAUGGUGUCUCAUCGUUCAGGUGAAACUGAGGAUUCUACCAUUGCUGACCUUGUUGUUGGUCUCCGUACUGGUCAAAUCAAGACUGGUGCUCCUUGCAGAUCUGAAAGAUUGGCCAAAUUGAACCAAUUGCUCCGUAUUGAGGAAGAGUUGGGCAAGAACGCCAUCUACGCUGGUGAGAACUUCCGCAAGGCUCAUUUAUUGUAA